UUGUUUUUCUAUCUCACAUUUUUCAUGAAUAUGUUUCAGGCGAUUGUGCACCAGAUUAUUGCUCAAGAAGGAUUUCAAUUCCCAUCUUUCGGCUCAUUAAGUGCUGGAAACUUUGGAGGAUUUCAACUACCCAACUUCCCGGGAUUCGGGCCAUCAGCUUCAAGCGCCAGCUCCGGCCUUGGCUCCGGUUUUGGGUCCGGUUUUGGCUCAAACUUUGGAUCUAGUCCGGGGCAGUCAGGAUUCUUGGCAUUCCCAUUUAGCUUUCCUAACCUAUCUAAUUUACCUUCUAUUCCUGGGCUACCCAAUAUACCUAGUCUAAAUGGGUUCGGCUCAAAAACUGUUGCAGCAGAAUUGCCGUCCACAACUGCCGUUCCUCAAACACGGAAAAGGCGUCAAGCUAGUGACCAGGAACCACAGAACAGACUGUUCUUCGCUGCUUUCCCCACGAUUACUUCCUGCAACUAUACUACCCAGGCUGGCUCCAGUUGCUCAAGCUGCACUGCAGCUCUUCGCUGCAUGCCCAACAACGUCGGCCUCCUGACCAGGUGCAGAGGUUUCUUCCGCCACUGCAACAACGGGCGCUGCUCGCUCACCCAAUCUGCUGCAUGCAGCGGUAGUGCUACUACUGCAGGUACUACUGCUGCCGACUCGACAACAGCUGCUGACUCGACAACCGCUGCCGACUCGACUACCGCUGCCGACUCGACAACCGCUGCCGACUCGACAACCGCUGCCGACUCGACAACCGCUGCUGACUCUACAACCGCCGCUGACUCAACUACCCAAAUGGGAUAA